AUGGGUUGCAAAUUCAGCAAAAAAAUUGAAAAUACUCCCGAUCUGAGCUCAUUUGAGGCUACUUUUGGAGCCGCUCCAGAACUUCAAUCUCUAAGAUUGAAGCUCAAGCAACGCGCCAUUGGAGUUGUCACCACUCUCGAUACUAGCGGCCAGGUUCGAUCUCUUUCCUUAGACUCUCUCCGAGAAGUCCUCUGUUGUCUCCUCGAAAAUGACAAAGAAGUGCUGAACGCAGUUUUAGAGCACCAGAAAGAAAUUUGGGAUAACCCAGAACUGUUGGAUCUAGUCAAGGACUAUUUCGAGACCAAUCCACAAUUUGAUGAAGAGCACACAGAAAGAUCUCAUGGCGGAAAGACCUCGUAUUCAAAGACUUUACAAGAAUUCAAGAAUUUCAAGAUGGCCGGUGACUCAUUUGGUGAUGAGCAAGUGAAUGCAUGGAGGAAGGUGUCAAAUGUGCUAUUUGGGGUCACUUUUGCUGCGGUGGCCAUUUUCUCAGCGGUGGUGAUGGCCAUGGCGGCGCCACCAGCGGUGAUAGCGUCGGCCAGCGUGGUAUCGGGGCCAUUAUGGUCAGCGGGAGUUGGAAAGCUUGUGGAUAAGUUGGAUCAGAAGAUGAAGUCGCCGUCGGCUGCGAAUGAUCUUGGUUUGGAAAAAGAGGAGGCUGUGAUGGAGGUGGUGAAUGAGUUGAGGAACAAGAUAGAUGUGAUUAUGCCAGAGCUUGAUGCUUUGAUGGAGCGCGCUGCUAACUAUAGACAAGAAAUUAGAAAAGAUAUGGAGACUAUCUACGAUAAAAUUUGCCAGAAUCCUAAGAGUAGCAGCUGUUGUAGCAAUUUAAACUGCUUUACUUAG